AUGACUACACGAAAGCACAAUGAAUUUCUAGACGUCGCAAGUGACGAGGAUGAGGUCGAUGUCCGGGGCUAUUCCUCGGAGGAGAAUGACGCCAAGUCAAAAGGCCGAGCCGUGAAGAAGCGCCGCACCGACACGCAGGAUUUUUUCGGUCUCGAGUCUGACGAGGACCUGUCGGAGGAGGAAGAGGAUGAGACCUCCCGGAGCGAUGUCAAGGGAAAGGGUCGCAAGCAAUUGAGGCCGAAGACGAAGAGCGCGGGUACUUCUUCCCAAGACGUGGAGCGGGAAGAGACCGACGCGGACGAGGACGAUGAGCACAAAGAGGGUGAUGAGAAGGAACACGCCAAAGACGACCACGAAUCGCCGGAGCAGAAGAAAUUUAAAAAGGUGCUUUCUACAAAGUUGCUUAAGAAACCUAAGAAGGACAAGAGUGGCGUUGUUUAUCUUUCUUCACUGCCGCCAUAUCUCAAACCGUUCGCACUGAAGAAUAUUAUGGAAAAACGUGGAUUCGGUCCCAUUCGCAAAGUCUUCUUCGCCCCCCUCGUUCCUAGCAACUCUUCAAGCCAGAGAAAAAGCAACAAGCGGAAGCUCUAUUCCGAGGGUUGGAUUGAAUUCGAAUCGAAAAAAACCGCUCGUCUAGCGGCCGAGGCGAUGAAUGCUCGUCCGCUUGGCGGGCCCAAGGGAAUGUAUUAUCGCGACGACGUUAUUAACAUGCGCUACUUAUCCGGAUUCAAAUGGGCAGAUCUAAUGGAAACCGUGCAACGUGAACGAUCCGAGCGGGAAAGUAAGCAGCGCAUGGCUGAUAUCCGAGCCCGAAAGGAAGAGAAGGUCUUCCUCGCAGGUGUCGAGGCAGGCCGUCGUCUGGACGGCAUCACUCAAAAGAACGAAGAGAAGAGGAAGCGCAAGGCCGAGGCCGAGGGACAAGUCGAAGGCGACAAGAAGGAGCCGAAAAUGCCCGCUCCCGUGCGCAGACGCUUUGUUCAGAACGACGUCGUUACGACGACGCAGAAGAGCGAAAAGGCGAUCGAUAAUGACGCGAAGCGUGUUCUGGGCAAGAUUUUCUAG